AUGACCGCACACGACGCGGGGGCCAACAGCUCCUUCACCUCAAUGAUGGAGGACCCAUUCAUUUCAAAUAGUACAGGGGAAUUCGCCUCCCCUAGCGAGUCUCACCAAUUCUCGUCAUUCGAUACUCAAUUAUUCAAUAUCAAUGCCUCUUCACCAGCCCAGGCCAAACGGGCCCUUGCCGCCCGGCUGGCGGAGACCGAACGUCAGCUUGAGGAGACUUCCAAGGUGGGAACUGCCCUCAUCGAGCAGCAGCGGCAACUAGAGGAGUAUCUCAAGACGUUGGAGCAGCAGAAGGAUGAAAGUGAGAUGCCAUCGGAAUUGCGCCAAAAGCUUGCCGACCUGGAGCGAGAUUAUGCCGAGAUUGAACGGGAUACGACGCGCGCAAUCUUGGCCCCGAAGCGACUGGCUGGAGGCUCGGACGAGAGUCACUUGGGCACCCCGGGAUUUGAAGUAAAGUCUCCCCUCAGUCCCGCCCUAUUCGCCGGCCAGGCGACCAACUCUCCCAGCAAAGUCGGCGUUCCAUCCCGGAAGCAACGAAAUCAGCCGUCGGGACGUGUCCAUGAUAUCGAAUUCGCGACGGAAAUUUCCACUUCCUUGUUGGGACAAGUGCGCCAGUUGCAGGGACUUCUUGCCGAGCGAGAUGAGUCGAUAAAAACCAUUAAUUUGGAAAAAUCGCGCCUGGAAUUGGAAGCAGAAGGGUACUCGCAGCGGAUCCGAGCGUUGGAUGACAGCGAACAGCGUUACAAGGACGAGAAUUGGGCCCUGGAGACACAGACCCAUGAACUGAUGGCAUCCAUGAAAGAAUCGGCGGAACGAGAGAAGAGACUGACCAGCAGUUUGAGCGCUUCGAACGCAGAGAAGACUGCUGUCGAGCGAGAAUUGGAGGAGCUGCGACAAACGAACUCGAAGCUGUUGGAAGAACAAGACAUUAUCCAGAAAGCCAAUGACUCAGAAAUUCAUCUAUUGCGACGCAACUUGAAUGCUGGCGAUUUGGAGAAAUCUGCUCUCCACAAAAAGCUGGAGGAGUUGACCUCGCAAAAUCAAGAACUGGCGAAGGCUGUUGCUAUGCGCAUUCGGCAGCAUGAGUCGCAAGGUAGCCGAGAUCUUCAUGAUGACAACAACGAUGAUGAGCCUGAACAGACAACUCCUGACAACUCUCCACCUCCCUCUCCUAAUAAAUUCACGCCCCGACACGGCCAUCUUGAGUCUGAAACACUGAAGAGUUCAUUGGGUCAUGCUCACCGCAUGAUUCAGAACCUCAAGAGCACAAUCCAUCGGGAGAAAACAGAGAAAAUUGAGCUUAAGCGUAUGUUGCAAGAGGCCCGAGAUGAGGUUGAGCAGCGUCGGCGUGAGACUGCAGCUCCCAAUGGAGGGCCUAACAAACGUCUUAAGAAAAAGGAAGACUCCUUUCGCAAGCCAGCCCGUCCAGAUCUCUUGGGUGCUGGCCGUAAGGAAAAAUCUCACGUUGAGCUUCACGAGCUCCACGAUACUGACUGGGAAGACAACGCCAGUCAGAUCAGCCCAAUUCGCUCCAUGGUGGGGGCACCAAUUCGCGUCCGUCCCGGUCGUGAAUCACCCGAUGGGCCUAGCGAUGUGUACCAGACCGCCACAGAGGAUGGCUUCGAAACAGCCAACGAGCGAGCAACGGCAACCGAGAGCGAAGCAUUCCAGACGGGUGUGGAGAGCAUGGCGGACGAUAGCAGCGACUCGGCUGACCUUACUGAGACUGAAAACAAUGUUCAGACUACCCCACGCCAGCGUGUUCCUUCGUCUUUGAUAAUGGCCAAGUCUCGUGACCGCACUUCUUAUCAUAGCUCGGCUUCCACGUCAGAUGAUGAUGACGAUCAAGAGGGAGGAUAUCCUUCUCCCAGCCAGAUGCACAUUUCUCGUCCCCGAGUCAAGUCGAAGCGGAGUAUUGUUAGACGGAUUCGCCCAUCUGGAGAGGCACCCAUGGCGUCUAGUAGUCGCCCAUCCAGUGCACGGAAUUCUGCUGCAACAAGCUUUGAACAGGAGUCUGUGCCUCAAGGGGGGCAGAGUCUCUUCGCUGAGCUUGCCGAGUUGGAAGGUGGCGAAGAAGAUGAAGAUGAAGAGACUGUCGCAAUCUCUCCGGCUUCAACACCACGCAUGAUGCCUACAUCAAACUCUCGCCGCCCCUCUGAUGCUAUGCUCGACUCGGCUCCUAGGCCCGUCAUGGUUGAUUCCGGUGUGAUGACCGAUCCUUGGCAGCCUGACGCUCCACUUGGAGUCGCAGCCAUUGGCGGAGCUGUUGUUGGGGCUGUGGUUGGAACUGCCGCUUCCGACGCUCCAACCACUCCACGGAGAGAUGUUGCAACUGGAGACAGGGAUAUUGCUACUGAAGAACAGCAAACCCCCAAAAUGGUCAGCUCAGGAACAGAUUGGACACCUCUCAAACCUUCGGCGUUGGACGAAGAUCAUUUGUCGAAUGUUCCCACACCACCAAAGAUGGUCUGGGAUGAACGCUCUGUUGGGACCCAGCAAGUUGAGGCAGGUACCCAAGCCGAGCCUGACCUACUGGAGUUGGGUAUGGCGACGAUUGCGUCCCAAGAAACUCUCCCCUCGUCGCCCAGAUGGCCAGAAUUGGGUGUUGUAUACUUCUCUGGAGGUGCUACUGAGCCCGUAAAGCACAUGCUUCCUGUGCCAGAGCUUCCAGAGAUGGAUGUCUCUUCCAUCUCUUCGCAGUCUACUGAGCCCGUGGAGCACCACCCUCCUGUGCCAGAGCUUCCAGAGUUGAAUGUCUCUUCCAUCUCUUCGCAGUCUACUGAGCCCGUGGAGCACCACCCUCCUGUGCCAGAGCUUCCAGAGAUGGAUGUCUCUUCCAUCUCUUCGCAGUCUACUGAGCCUGUGGAGCACAACCCUCCUAUGCCAGAGCUUCCAGAGUUGAAUGUCUCUUCCAUCUCUUCACAGUCCACUGAGCCUGUAGUGGCAAUGAUUCCUGAACCCGAGCCUAUCAUCCCGGUCGAGGCUGUGCGAGAAUUGCCCGAACUUUCCCUCUCCUCUCUCUUCACAUACUCUACCGAGCCCGUCAACGCACAACUUCCAGAGCCUGAGCCUAUUCCCACACCUGUGCCUGUAUCUGUGCCGCUCGCUAAAGAAGUGCUCAUUCCCCAGGUUGGAAUGUCCUCGAUCUCCUCGCAGCACACUGAGCCCGUUGUGCCGCAACUCCCAGAGCGCAUGCCUGAACCUGAGCCAGUUGUUAUCCCAGAGCCUGAGCCGAUGGUGAAGGAAGUAUCUCUUCCUGAGCUGGGAAUGUCCCUGAUAACUUCUCUGCAUACUAAGCCCAUCGUCCCACAGCUUCCGGAGCCUGUCCCAGAACCCGAGCCUUCACAGCUGGAGAUCUCCUGGCUCGAUCCAUCAUUCACGGUACCAGUCACACCUAAAACGGUUGAAGUCCCCCCUCAACCACUUCCCUCUUUCGCUGCCCUGCGUUCUGUGGAAACAGAACCAGUCAAAUUCGUGCCACUCGAAGCCCCUCCUCCACCGAUUUCCUCCUUUGCUUCCCUGAGCUCUAUUGAAACAGAACCAGUCAAUUUCCUACCACGCGUGAUUCCUUCAAUGGUCGAGUUUGGUAUUCAAACCGACCCGACAGAAGAGCCCAAGGCUGCUGGUGCGGCCGUGGCUGUGUAUGAAGAUCAACCUAGCGAGGCAGCUCGAAGCCGUCCUAGCACGAGUACUAGCAAUAGUGAACGACGCGCCAGCGCAGGCUUGGCUCUUAACGAUAUCGCUGGCAACUCUUUGCAAAGACAACCAAUCAGUUCGGUCAACACAGAUCAGGGAUCGCAAACCAUCCUCUCCUCAAAGCAGAUUGACCAGAUCCUCAUGGAUCGUGAAAAUGCUCGCCCUGUCUCUUCUGCUGAUAGCAAAUACUCAAGGGAGAUGGCAGCAGUUGCCGUCACUGCUGCGUCACCAUUCGCAACCCCUAAACUUCGACCCCGUCCUCAACAGCAGUCGUCAGCCAAAUCAUCCGCGUCCAUCCGGCGACCAGAUACUGCCACUAGUCAGAUAUCUUCCUCUAGCGCCCACCCUCCACUGCCCGCUGAUCACCGUGAGGCAAUCUUGGCUGCUGAAAAGAAAUCUAUCGACGUACCACCAGCAUCACCUGGCGUUAUGGGACCUCCCCUUGCGCCGGCCUCUGCCUAUCGCGUGAAUGCGCAAACGGCUCCACGAACCCCCAAUGACCAAGGCACGCGUGCUGGAUCAGCACGCACUGUUUCUACUCAACCACGCAUGCGCAGAGGAAGCCAGAGCCAGAUGUCGAGGCGGUCAUCUGUGUCAUCAUUUGCAUCGGAGCUGGAGGAGCGGUUCAAUAUGAACCCUCAUGCUGGACCUAUGCCCAAUGGAUACGGACCCAACACUGAUCCUCGCAUGAUCCAGGCCAUCACUCAAACCAUGAUUGGUGAGUUCCUCUGGAAAUACACGCGGAAAACUGGUUCAUCCGACAUGUCGACCACUCGGCAUCGUCGGUACUUCUGGGUUCACCCGUACACGCGCACCUUGUACUGGAGUGAAAAGGAUCCUCAGACCGCUGGAAAGAGUGAGCUUCGAACCAAGAGUAUUCCUAUCGAGGCUGUGCGAGUGGUUGCAGAUGACAAUCCGUAUCCCCCGGGCCUCCAUUGCAGAAGCCUGGAGGUUGUCAGCCCUGGUCGUCGACUUCGGUUUACUGCCAGUACAAGCCAAAGACAUGAGACUUGGUACAAUGCUUUGACAUAUCUCCUAACAAGGGAGGACAAUGGCCACUGUGAAGAUCAUGAUAGUGUGACUCUGGAUGAUAUUGAUGAGUUUAACCCGGGGUUCCGAUCCGGGUCUCGCCAGACAGCCCGGAUGUCUCUCUCAUCUUACAACAGUCGUACACUCCGCCCGCCUCCCAAGCGAGCGACUUCAGCCAUGUCCAUGCGGUCCACUGGGACCCCCGGGCGUGCUUCACCUGCACUUAGCUCCCCGGUCCCCAACUCGUCCUUGCAGGUUCCCGAAGAGCGUCAGCGCUCAUCAUCCCGACUCAGCACCAUCCUCACUAGUUCAAUCCGCGGAUCGAUUGCUAGCAUGAAAGGUCGUAAUGGCCAGGCUUCAAGCAUGCAUGAUGGAAGUAUACGUGCUCAGGACAGCAUCGAGGAUUUCGCACAUGCAGCGGAGGAAGAAGAUCGGCUUGAAAACGUCCGUGCUUGCUGCGAUGGCAAACACGAUGUUGGCUCGCUCUCCCGCACCAGUCGGUACAGCCCCCGGGGUUGA